AUGCAUGCAUCUGGAGCAACCUCUGAUCCGAAUACUGCUGAUAAUCAAACAUUCAACUAUAUCAUUGUCAGAGGUGGUCUCUGUGGCCUCACUGUUGCUGGUUGCCUUACAGAAGAUGCUUUGAAAACAGUCCUUGUCAUUGAAGCAGGGAAUGAUGACUGUAGAGACCCAUUUAAUGUAUUACAAUAUGGUGCUGUCUUUGGCACAGAUCCAGCAAGGGAGUGGAACACUGAUCAGGAUAGGGUUAUCCUAGGAGGUAGGACGCUUGGUGGAGAUAGUUCGAUUAACGGUACAAUAAUCACCCGUGGCAUGAAAGAGUAA